AUGGGACAGGAGAACAGCAAGUGCCCGCAUCAAACGUUGGCCGAGAAGCGCUACAAAGUUGAGAGGCCGAAAACGAAAAAAGGUGAGUUGGUCCGUGGUGAACAAAUGACGACACGAGAACUCUCGGCUCAUCUGUCUUCAUAUCACUUUGAGCGAUCGAACACCAGCUCCUAUCUCUUCCGCCUACUGCAUUCUUGUACUUGCAACUUCUUAUCUCCCCGGGGAACUAGCAUUCGAUUUCCGGGAUCUUCUUUUUCGGAUCCCAAUUCAAUUAUUGUAGUUUCUUCGGGAAGUGCUACUGAUCGAAGCCCGCCCUCGACGCAAUCCGACGAAAAGGCCGCUUCUCUCCGUCUUACUGUAUCCAGCUGCGAUGUGAACGCCGACUCGACCACCGACAGCCUUCCAGAGAUCCGCAAGCUCUCCAUGUACGUUUUGUUUUUUGAUUCUGGGCUUGAAUUGCAUCGGAUUAGACAAAUUAGCUAAUUGCCACGAGAAUGGUUGUUUUCCUUUUCCGUUUGAGUCUGCAUAUCAAAACAGUGAAUAACAGAUCUGUGUAAUAAGAUCCUGUGUAAUAGUGCAAAUGUGUCCGAUCACAAGUGCAAAGACAUACGUGGGCAUGUUGUCAAAAACCCGCAAUGCAAUAUCUAUUUCAACAAUGGGACUUUCACAACAACUUUUGUGACAUCAGCCGCUGCUUCCAAAUCAAGUGACCGGCAUUGAAUGUGUACAUGGAGAAAUAGGGUUUAAGAAGAAAACGGGAAAGCGUCGUUCAAACAAAUCACACUACCAAUUCUGUGUUUUUGUGUUCUGAACGACGACCUCAUUGAACCCUCAAUUUGUGCUGAAUUUCAGAUGCGAGCCGAAUGAGGAGGAGGCCACAUCAUUGAGCAAUGCGGCUGGUGGUGCCGGUGGCACAAAAGCCAAGUGCAAGCACUUUCUAACCCGUCGCGAACGCAUUCUACUGGAACAGAGUUGGCGGAAAACUCGAAAAGUUGGUGGAGAGCAAAGCGGAAGUGCGCGCAGAAAUGAAAUUUAUCAUUUUUUUCAGACGGGCGCCGAUCACAUCGGUUCAAAAAUCUUCUUCAUGGUGCUGACCGCGCAACCAGACAUCAAGGCAAUUUUCGGGCUCGAGAAAAUCCCCACCGGACGUCUGAAAUAUGAUCCACGAUUCCGUCAGCACGCACUUGGUGAGAAAAUUAUUCCGAGUAACGCAUACUGAUUUUCUGUCUCAUUUCUCAUUUCAGUCUACACAAAAACAUUGGACUUUGUGAUCCGUAACCUGGACUACCCGGGUAAGCUGGAGGUCUACUUUGAGAAUCUCGGAAAACGCCACGUGGCUAUGCAAGGAAGAGGCUUCGAGCCGGGAUAUUGGGAGACUUUUGCCGAGUGCAUGACCCAGGCGGCCGUGGAAUGGGAAGCGAAUCGUCAGAGACCGACAUUGGGGGCCUGGAGAAAUCUGGUAUGGGAUCGAGGGCUUUAGAUUGUUUGGAUUUUUGUCAGUUCCAGAUCUCGUGCAUCAUCUCGUUCAUGCGACGUGGAUUCGACGCGGAAAACGGAAAGAAAAAGUUGUACAGCUACAACGAACAGGGAUUCAAGAACGGACGAACCCGUCGUUCGGUCUCUCCGUACGCCCCAAGUUAA